AUGCAGGGACUAUUCAGCCGGACCUUCUUCGCCACCCUAACCAACAACCGGGAGGUCGUCAUCCAGUUCCGCACUGAGAAGCUGGAUCUCGACGUUUUCAAAGUAGCUAAAGGCGCCCUGGGGCAGGUUAUCCCCGACGCAGUGGCUCUACCCGACGACGAGCUGGAGGCUGAGGGCGUAUGGGCUUACUCGCUCGAGCGUCUGCCAGGGAAGAUGUGGCUGCACGGCGUCGCCGGUAAGGGGGCUGAGGGUCGCGUUGCUGUCAACAAAUCGCUCGGGCGCGUGCUCUCCAAGGGCUGGCUUGGCAACGACAGCGGCGGGGCUGUGUCGACAACAGUCCGGCCGCAUCUCGAGGCCAUACUGGCCAGCCCGCUGGCCGAGGUUGUGGCAUAUCGGCAUGUGCUGCGAGGGUUUCUUGACAAGCUGGACGAGAUCAGCAAGCUGCCGCUUUGGGUCUCGCACUAUGAUCUGAACGACGUCAAUGUUCUUAUUGAUGAGUCGUGCCAAGUUACUGGCUUGAUCGACUGGGAGUUGUCGAAGCCGAAACCCUUUGCCGUAGGUCUUGGCCGCAUCCAUACCCUAGCUGGCGAAUAUACGGGAGGCGAGUUCUGGGUGCCGGACGAGUUCGAGGUUGCCGAACGAGCCUUUUGGGAGGAGCUGUUUGCUGGCAUGUCGGAGAAGACUCGUGGGAUGUUGGAGGCGAACAUCGGCCUCGUUCAGGACGCUGUUAUUCUCGGCACACUCUUGGACGUAUUCUUCUGGGAAGACGGGAAAGUCGGCUGUGGCGAGGUAUCGAUGAAGGCGCUUCCCAAAUUUCUUACGUAUCGGAUUCCCCAGGUAAGGGGAGACGAGCCUCCAUACAGGGAAUAG